UCAAGUUGAGAGUCCUCACAGAAUAAUUUCCCGCUGUGAUGACGGGGCGCGUCGAUAAUUUGUUGAUGUGAGGGCAGCCAUGAACUGCUGAAGCAAAAGUGAAAUAGUUGACGAAGAAAUGAAGCAUCGGAUGAUUGGAGCAUGAUCCAAGCGAAUCAAAUUCUCUCCCUGCCCUGCUUUUUCAUCACCAUUACCUGUAAAUUUCCGAAAGAUGUCUCCUUUCUUUCCUCUGGAGCUCAUUGCGCACAGGGGUCGGAUCGAACGAUGUUCGGUAACGAUCUUCCCCCGCUGCGAUCGAUUAGAAUUCCCGGUGAUGGGAGAUGUUUAUUCCGAGCAGUGACUCAUGGUGCCUGCUUGAGAGCAGGUAAACCAACACCAAGCGAGAACCUCCAAAAGGAGCUAGCUGAUGAACUGAGAAAUAAAUUGUGCCAGGUUGCAGAUGAAUUUAUCCAGAGGCGAGCUGAAACAGAGUGGUGAGUGUUCAACUUUUCUCGUGUCAUUUUCUAUUUAAAUCCAUCUUUGAUUGCUUUAUCAUAUAUUCAUGCAUAGAUGUGUGAUAGAACCUUCAUAAUUGAUCUGAUCACUAAAAAUGCCAUUAUAGGUUAUAUAAGAGUUUACUUAUGACAUCUUAGCGCUAUGAAUUUAUAGUUGAAUAAUUGUAAUUUGUUUGAAUAGAGUAACUUUUGCUAGAGGAGAGCUUGCUUUUGAUUCUUGUUUAGGUUCAUGCAUAAGAUAUUAUAAUUAGGUCUAAUAAUGAAUAUAGGAAACUUGUUGAUAGCAUGCCAAAUCCAAGAUGAGUUUAAUUCGGAGAGUUGAGUUUCCUUCUUGGUUUUGAAGUGAAGCAACUGUGGUCAGAAUAAUCAUUAAUCAAGCUAAGUAUAUAGGAAAGCUCGUAAACUUGACGGAUUUGAAAAUAUAAAACCUAUGAAGACUCCAAUGAGCCCUUCCAUCUAAGUCUAUCAAGAUAACUUUAGGGUGAAGGUAGAUGUAGGGCAUUAUCAAGAUAUGAUUAGUAGCUUAGCCACAAGUUGUGUGGUAUUUAGUCAAGGUUCGGUCCUGUCUAGAAGGAUCUAAUUUGCAAGCCCUGAAAGAGAAUAUUUGAUCUUUGAAAGAUUAUUUGGAUUUACGUUUAUGAUAUACUCCUGCUUGAAAAUUUUGAUUAAAGAGUAGGAGUAUCUUUAAUUUAAUUGAUAGGAAAUUAAGAAGUGUCUUCAUGGCAAUUUUAGAUUGGAAAAAUGAAAAAAAUUAAUCUAAUAUUGGGAAGGACAAAUUUUAGAAAGGAUCACUUUUUAAACAAGAUUAUGUAAAAGGAGCAGGAUUAAAAAAAAAAUUUAAGAAGAAGCAAAUACGCCAACCAAUUUGGCGUAAUUGCCAAGAGAGA